UACACUACACGUCAGCGUCCCGCACAUCUCGAAGGGCCGUUUAUUUCCUAUCAAUCAUGCUGCACGUCCGUGUACGUUCACUCACACAUCCGUGUGUGUUUAGAUGGCAUGGCUGCGUGGCGCGCGCACACAACUGCUGAAUUUUUUUUAUUUAAUUUUUUUAUAAUAUCACUACUGUCUUUUCGUGACUGAAACAUAAAGAGGAAAGUGGGAGUUUAAUUGAAUAAGGGAGUGGAGGAAAGAGAGAAAGAAAAAGACAGUGAGAGGGAGGGACUCUAGGCUGCUGCGGGGUGUUUAUUUAUUUGUGCUGGCUCCCCUUUUUCUUUCUUUCUUUCUGUCUUAUUAUUUUUCAACUGAUUUUCCAAAAUGAGGCUAAAAGUUGGAUUCCUCCUUCGGAGUUUACUGGUCAUCGGCACGUUUUUGGGACUGGUUUUGCUUUGGUCUUCCCUGACACCGAAGGCAAUCGACGAUAACCCGUUUGCUGGUGUGCUGGCAGGAAGAGAUGCAGGUAAACUCUUGCAGCCCGAGCCUCAAAAUAAUGACAUGGCUGACCAGUUCAAGCCUGUCGUUCCUUGGCCCCACGUCGAAGGAGUCGAAGUCGAUCUGGAUUCUAUCCGCCAGAAAAAUGGUGACAAGCCGAACCCUGCAUUCAAAGCCCAGAACCAGGAGAAUGUCAUCCAGAAGCAAUAUGUCACCUUUAAGCCUCACACCAAUGCGUUUAAUGAACCUGUGUUGAAGAGAGGAGUUCUGGGAAACUUUGAGCCUAAAGAACCUGAGCCUCAGGGGGUCCAGGGCGGACCGGGAGAGGGCAGCAAAGAGUUCGUACUGGGACCGGAGUACAAAGAUUCUGUUCAGGCCAGCAUCAAGGAGUUCGGCUUUAAUAUGGUAGCUAGCGACAUGAUCUCUCUGGAUCGAACCAUUGGCGACUUACGGCAUGAAGAGUGUAAAUACUGGCACUAUGAUGAAAACCUCCUCACCUCCAGCGUGGUCAUUGUCUUUCACAAUGAGGGCUGGUCCACACUGAUGAGGACGGUGCACAGUGUCAUCAAAAGAACCCCGAGGAAAUACCUGGCUGAGAUCGUCAUGAUUGAUGACUUCAGUAACAAAGUUCAUCUUAAAGAGAGGCUGGAGGACUACAUAAAACAGUGGAAUGGGUUGGUCAAACUGUUCCGCAAUGAAAAGAGAGAGGGUCUGAUCCAGGCCAGGAGCAUAGGAGCCUAUAAAGCCACUCUGGGACAGGUGCUGAUCUACCUGGAUGCUCAUUGCGAAGUUGGGGUGAACUGGUACGCCCCGCUCGUGGCCCCCAUUUCAAAAGACCGAACGGUCUGUACAGUACCGUUGGUAGAUUACAUAGACGGCAAUGAUUAUACCAUAGAGCCACAGCAGGGUGGGGAUGAGGAUGGUCUGGCGCGAGGCGCCUGGGACUGGAGCCUCCUGUGGAAAAGGGUCCCUCUCAGCAGCAGGGAGAAGGCUGAGAGAAAGCAUAAAACAGAGCCUUAUCGGUCUCCUGCGAUGGCUGGAGGACUCUUCGCAAUAGAGAGAGAUUUCUUCUUCGAGCUGGGCCUCUAUGAUCCAGGCCUUCAGAUCUGGGGAGGAGAAAACUUUGAGAUCUCCUACAAGAUAUGGCAGUGUGGUGGGCAGCUUCUGUUCGUGCCAUGUUCUCGGGUGGGACACAUCUACCGUCUGCAGGGCUGGCAGGGAAACCCACCUCCUGCUCAUGUAGGCUCGUCCCCCACGCUUAAGAACUAUGUGCGGGUGGUGGAGGUGUGGUGGGAUGAGUAUAGAGACUAUUUCUACGCCAGCCGGCCUGAGACUCUGACGCUGGCCUACGGAGACAUCAGCAGCUUGAAAAAGUUCAGAGAGGAACAUCGCUGCAAGAGCUUCAAGUGGUUCAUGGAAGAGAUCGCCUAUGACAUCCCUCUACAUUACCCGCUGCCUCCAAAGAAUGUGGAAUGGGGAGAGAUCCGUGGGUUUGAGACCAGCUACUGCAUCGACAGCAUGGGCCACACCAAUGGUGGCAAUGUCGAAAUUGGGCCUUGUCAUAGAAUGGGUGGGAAUCAGCUCUUUAGAAUUAAUGAGGCAAACCAGCUCAUGCAGUACGACCAGUGCCUGACAAAGGGAGGAGACGGAUCUGCUGUCAUCAUAACACACUGCAACUUAAACGAGCUCACAGAGUGGAGAUACUUUAAGGAUCUUCAUCGAUUCACACAUAUACCCACAGGGAAAUGCUUGGAUCGCUCUGAUGUCUUGCACAAAGUUUAUAUAACUGACUGUGACAACAGUAAGAGCUCACAGAAAUGGGAGAUGAACAACAUUGUGGCAGUUUGAGAGCCAUGCUCAAAUGUGCUUUAAGGAUAAACACUUGACUACAGCAACAGGUUUUACCAGUAUACAUGUGACUUAAGUUUAGUCAUCACUCGAACAACUCUGAUCAUACACUUCAACUCCAUUGAAGACAAUGUUUACAUCGGCUUAUCCCCAGUGUCCAUCGCAUGGGUUUUUCUUUGAAAUCCGAGGAUCGAAGGGAUCUACCUAACAGAAUGAUUUUCACAGAAUGUGCACAAUGUGUGCUGCGAUAAAUGCCACUUUUGUUGCUGUUCCAUUAUAAAAUACAGGUUGUGUGUCAAAUACUGGGAUGCAUAUAUUUUUUUAACACUGGACCUGUUUUAUGACAACCUGCCACUUGAACUAUUUUCGUCUUUGGCACAAUGGCAAGUUUUAUUUUUUGCAUAUACUCUCGGUAAAGAAUGGUAGUGGAGAGAAAAGGGAAAUGGGGUCAAUCAUGAAGAAAAUAAAAAUGUAUUUUUGUCUACGGCAUAAAUGUUUGCUUGGUUGGGGAAUUAUUUUACUUGUAUGUGAAAAUCAACAAUUGAUCAUAAUACUAUAAUGGGCAAAAAUCAUCUUGAGCAAGUGGAGCAAAUUUGUGUUUCAAGGGCAAGAAUGAUUGCAAUGUGUACAUUUUUGUUUGUUUGUAUAAUGUAAAUAUGAUUAUUUCUAAAUUAACGUUUUGAGAUACGGUGGGAUUCCCAAUGAAUGUGUAAAUAGCUAACUUAUAAUGGCUGUUUUCUCAAGAAAAUAAAUGGAACAUUUUUACCA